UUCCUUUUUAUUUAUUUAUUUUUUGCUUUGACGAUUUGACGAAAUUAAUCCCCAAUUGAACCCUGAAAGCGGAGAACCCCUAAAAUAACCAAUUCAACACUUCGUCGACUCUCUUCAAUUGUUAUUAUUUCGAUUCGAUUGCAAUAUAUGCUUUCAUUCGUUAUUCCCUUCAUCUUUUAUCGUCUGCUUAAUCCUUAAUCGUUAUCUUCUGUUUUGGCAAAAACCGUAAACAGCGAAGCUGUCAAUUCGCACGUGCGAUUUGUACGACGUCGGCGAUCAUUAUCGACUUGCAAUUACUAACGAUUUCUUUGUCAAUUCGAGGCUCCCGAUCGCUGAUAUUAUCUCUCAAUUUCACUUCCAGGUGGAGACUUGGUCCUUUAAUUGCAGCCAGAGCAGCAUGAGUUGGUUAUAGGUAAGCUGCGAAGGAAAUGAAUGUGCAGGCGCAUAUGUCUGGGCAGAUCUCAGGGCAGGUUCCUAACCAGUUGCCCCAACAAAAUGGGAAUCCGCUCCCUCCUACUCAGCUGCAGAAUUUAGCUGUUGCUGGCAGUGGAGGUGCUGCUCCUCCUAAUAUGUUCACCAUGGACCCUGAGCUUCAUAGAGCUCGCAUUUAUAUGCGCGAAAAAAUUUUUUCAAUUAUAUUGCAGCGGCAACUUCAGGCAGUUACUGAACCACAGAAACAGAAAUUUAAGGACAUUGCCAAACGUUUAGAGGAAGGUCUAUUUAAAGCUGCCCAGUCAAAGGAGGACUAUAUGAACCUUAAUACCUUGGAGAGCCGUCUCAGUAGUCUGAUCAAGCGCACACCUGUGAAUAACCACAACCAGCGGCACGUGCAACUUGUUAAUCCUUCUUCUGCCAUCAGUACUAUGAUUCCAACACCUGGAAUGUCACAUGGUGGAAAUUCCAGUUUGAUGGUCUCUUCUGUAGAUACUAUGAUGAUUGCUUCGAGUGGAUGUGAUAGUAUAGCUGCCACAACUGUGAACACAGGUAGCCUGUUGCCGACCACUGGUGUGCAUGGUGGUUCCUUUGGUAGAUCCGAUGGAGCUCUGUCUAAUGGAUAUCAGCAGGCACCAGCCCAUUUUUCCAUUAGCUCUGGUGGGAACAUGUCUUCCAUGGGUGGGCAAAGAAUGACAAGCCAGAUGAUUCCAACUCCUGGUUUUAAUAACAGCAGUAACAAUAGUAGCAAUAAUCAGUCUUAUGUCAGUAUGGAGUCUUCCAGUAAUGUUGGUGGUUAUUCAACUGUUGAAUCCACGAUGGCAUCACAGGCACAGCAGCAAAAACAGUUUGUUGGUGGUCAAAACAGUCGCAUACUACAAAAUCUUGGCAGCCAAAUGGGUAGCAAUAUCAGAUCUGGUUUGCAGCAAAAAUCAUAUGGAUUCACAAAUGGAGCUCUAAAUGGUGGAAUGGGGAUGAUUGGGAACAAUUUACAGCUUGUGAAUGAACCUUGUGCAUCUGAUGGCUAUAUGAGUACCACACCAUAUGCUAGUUCACCCAAACCAUUGCAGCAGCAUUUUGAUCAACAACAGCGACAAAUAAUGCAUGGUGAUGGGUAUGGAAUAAAUAAUACUGAUUCUUUGGGAUCUGGAAACUUUUAUGGUGCUGUAACAUCUGUUGGAUUGAUGAUGAACUCUCAGAGUAGGACAUCUGUGAGCAUGCAGCCUAUGCAGAAAACUAACUCGACUAUGGUAAAUAAUCAGUCAAAUCUACAUGGAACGCAACAGGCCGCACAUCUAAAACCCCAAUCAGUUGAUCAAUCUGAAAAGAUAAAUUUUCAGUCCACACUGUCUUCUCGAGAUAGUGUCAUGCCAGGUCAUCAACAACAGCAAUUUCAGCAACAUCAUCAUCAAUUUCCACAACAGCAAUUUGUUCAACAACAAUGCAUACAAAAGCAGCAAAACAAGCAACAUCAACAUAUAUUGCAUGAUGCUUUUGAUCAAUCUCAGCUUUCAUCCGAUCCUAUUAGCCAGGUGAAGUGUGAGCCUGGAGUGGAUCAUCAUAAUGAACUUCUGCAUUCUCAAGCCUCCCAACAGUUCCAAAUUUCUGAGUUGCAAAACCAGUUUCAACAAAAUGUUGUUGAAGAGCGUUCUAGGGGUGCUCAAAGUCUCACUCAGCCACCUGGACAACAUGAAGUGUGUCCAUCACUGACUCAUAAUUCGCAACAAAUGCAACAAAUGUUGCAUCCGCAUCAAUUGGUUUCAGAGUCUCAAAGUGAUUUUAGUUGUCUUCCUGCUGGAACACCGUCAGAUGGAGUGUUGCAGAGUCAAUGGAAUCCUCAUUUGCAAGACCGAGCUGGUAUGCCUAAGAGCAUCUCGCAUGAGCAGAAUGUCCAAGAGGAUUUCCGGCAGAGAAUAUCUGGUCAAGAUGAAGCUCAACAAAAUAAUUUAGCUUCAGAAGGAUCUAUUAUUGGUCAAAAUGUUCCUCCUAGAAGCACAUCAGAUACUCAAAAUUCAAAUGGUAUUAUGUGUAGAUCCGGAAAUGCAAACCAUGAUCGACAGUUUAGGAAUCAACAAAAGUGGCUCUUGUUCUUGCGGCAUGCUCGCCGAUGUUCGGCCCCUGAAGGGAAAUGUUCAGAUGUUAAUUGCAUUACUGUGCAAAAAUUGUGGAGACAUAUGGAUAGGUGCACCUCAUCUCCAUGCCCAUAUCCUAGAUGCCAUCAUAGCAGGAUAUUGAUUCAACACAACAAGCACUGCAGGGAUACAGGGUGCCCUGUUUGUAUUCCUGUAAAAAAUUAUAUAGAGGCACAAAUGAGGGCACGCACUCGUCCAGGUUCAGAUUCUGGAUUUUCAAGCAAAUCCAAUGAUACUGGUGAUAAUUCAGCUAAAUUCAUUCCAAAAAAUUCAUCAGUCCUUGAAACUUCUGAAGAACUUCACCCGUCCUUGAAGCGCAUGAAGAUUGAACAGUCCCCCCAAUCUUUUAAGCCAGAGAGUGAAAGUUCUACUAUAUCUGCUUCUGCGACUGCAGAUUCCCAUAUAUCUCAAGAUGUUCAGCUCCAAGAUUAUAAACAGGGUGACACUUGUAUGGCAGUUAAGCCUGAAUACAUGGAAGUGAAGUUGGAAGUACCUGUUAGUUCAGGACAAGGUGGCCUUAGCAAUAAUGAAAAGAAAAAAGAUAACAUGGAUGAUACAAACAACCAAAGGCCUGACGGUGAAUCUGUUGUACGGGAUGAGGCGACUGCUUUAGCUAAGCAAGAUAGCAUAAAAGUUGAGAAAGAAACUGAGUCAAUUAAGCAAGAAAAUUCUGCCCAGGCCACAGAUAAUGUGGCUGGAACAAAGUCUGGAAAGCCAAAAAUAAAAGGGGUAUCAUUGACUGAACUGUUCACACCUGAACAAAUUAGACAGCAUAUUACAGGUCUCAGGCAAUGGGUUGGCCAGAGUAAGGCAAAGGCAGAAAAGAACCAGGCAAUGGAGCAUUCAAUGAGUGAGAACUCUUGUCAGCUGUGUGCUGUUGAAAAGCUUACUUUCGAACCACCUCCGAUAUAUUGCACGCCUUGUGGCGCCCGCAUUAAGCGAAAUGCAAUGUAUUAUACCAUGGGAGCUGGUGAUACACGACACUACUUCUGUAUUCCAUGCUAUAAUGAGGCGCGUGGAGACACUAUACUUGCUGAUGGGACUCCUAUCCCCAAAGCAAGGCUUGAAAAGAAGAAAAAUGAUGAGGAAACUGAAGAAUGGUGGGUUCAAUGUGACAAGUGUGAAGCCUGGCAACAUCAAAUUUGUGCUUUAUUUAAUGGUCGAAGAAAUGAUGGUGGGCAAGCUGAAUAUACUUGCCCUAAUUGCUACAUAGCAGAGAUUGAAAGAGGAGAGCGUAAGCCCUUACCUCAGAGUGCAGUUCUUGGGGCCAAAGACCUACCAAGGACAAUACUCAGUGAUCACAUAGAGCAACGAUUAUUCAGGAGACUGAAGCAGGAGAGGCAAGAGAGGGCCAGGAUUCAAGGGAAAAGUUAUGAUGAGGUUCCUGGAGCAGAAGCACUUGUAAUUCGAGUUGUUUCUUCAGUUGACAAGAAGCUGGAUGUGAAGCAGCGAUUUCUUGAAAUUUUUAGAGAGGAGAAUUAUCCAACUGAGUUCCCUUAUAAGUCUAAGGUCAUUUUGUUGUUUCAGAAGAUUGAAGGUGUGGAGGUCUGUCUAUUUGGCAUGUAUGUCCAAGAAUUUGGAUCAGAAUGUCAAUUUCCAAAUCAGCGACGUGUCUAUCUGUCGUAUCUGGAUUCUGUUAAGUAUUUUAGACCAGAGAUUAAAGCUGUCACGGGGGAGGCUCUUCGUACAUUUGUUUACCACGAAAUUUUGAUUGGAUACCUUGAAUACUGCAAGAAGAGAGGUUUUACAAGCUGCUAUAUAUGGGCUUGCCCUCCAUUAAAGGGUGAAGACUACAUAUUAUAUUGUCAUCCAGAAAUCCAAAAAACACCAAAAUCUGACAAACUUCGGGAAUGGUAUUUGUCAAUGCUAAGGAAAGCUGCUAAGGAAAAUAUUGUGGUUGACCUAACUAAUUUAUAUGAUCAUUUCUUUGUGCAAACUGGUGAAUGUAAGGCAAAGGUAACCGCAGCAAGGUUGCCAUACUUUGAUGGUGACUAUUGGCCUGGUGCUGCAGAGGAUUUAAUUUAUCAGCUUAACCAAGAGGAAGAUGGCAGAAAACAGAACAAGAAGGGAACAACCAAAAAGACCAUAACCAAAAGGGCACUAAAAGCAUCUGGUCAAUCGGAUCUUUCUGGUAACGCGUCAAAGGAUCUGCUACUAAUGCACAAACUUGGUGAGACAAUUUCCCCUAUGAAGGAAGAUUUUAUCAUGGUUCAUUUACAGAAUUGCUGCACGCACUGUUGUAUUUUAAUGGUUUCUGGAAACCGUUGGGUAUGCAACCAGUGCAAAAAUUUUCAGAUAUGUGAUAAGUGUUAUGAGGCUGAACAGAAGCGUGAAGAGAGGGAGCGGCAUCCUGUUAACCAAAGGGAGAAACAUGUACUGUACCCAGUUGAGAUCAUGGAGGUUCCUGCUGAUACAAAGGAUAAAGAUGAAAUUCUUGAGAGUGAAUUUUUUGACACAAGACAAGCAUUCCUGAGUCUUUGUCAAGGAAAUCAUUAUCAGUAUGAUACUUUACGCCGGGCUAAACACUCGUCAAUGAUGGUCCUUUACCAUCUGCAUAAUCCGACUGCUCCAGCAUUUGUGAUAACAUGCAACAUAUGUCAUCUUGACAUUGAAACAGGUCAAGGUUGGCGCUGCGAAGUUUGCCCGGAUUAUGAUAUAUGUAACGCUUGUUAUCAAAAGGAUGGGGGUAUUGAUCAUCCUCAUAAGUUGACAAAUCAUCCAUCCAUGGCUGAUCGUGAUGCCCAGAAUAAAGAAGCCAGGCAACUACGAGUCCUGCAGCUAAGGAAAAUGCUUGAUCUUCUGGUGCAUGCAUCACAAUGCCGUUCUGCACAUUGUCAAUAUCCAAAUUGCCGUAAGGUGAAGGGGCUUUUCCGGCAUGGUAUAUCAUGCAAAACACGUGCAUCGGGAGGUUGUGUUCUUUGUAAGAAAAUGUGGUAUCUUCUGCAACUUCAUGCUCGGGCAUGCAAAGAAUCCGAGUGCCACGUGCCACGUUGCAGAGAUUUAAAAGAGCAUUUGAGAAGGCUUCAGCAGCAGUCGGAUUCACGGAGAAGGGCUGCUGUGAUGGAGAUGAUGAGACAGAGAGCUGCAGAAGUUGCUGGUAACUCCGGAUAACCAUUUUGUACAUAUGAAUAUGGUUGUUUUGGAAAGGCUUCUGGAUAGAGGGAGGGAGGUAGACAAUAUGGUUUUCUGCUGCUCCAUUGUGGCACUGCUUGAAAUGAGGCAGUGCAGUAAAAGUUUGGCAGACAUAGGUGUUGAGAAGGGGAUAGGCAUACAGUAGUACAUCAUACUGGUUUUAAGAUCACGCUUGUUUAGGGAACAAUUCUUUCAUUCAUGUCUCCACGGCUUACUUUCCCUAUGAAGAAAGCAAGUGAAAUUCGUUGGCCAGAGCUGCCCUCCUCGUCAUCAGCAGCUAACUAUUUCCCUCGAAGGAGUAUAGGAUUACUGAUGUGUGCUAGUCAGUGGCUCAAUUUGGUGAUUCUUUGAUUUUAUAUUUUGUAUCUGUUUAACGCCAUCCUUGGUGGCGAGUGUACUAUAAAUGUUCUAAUUUGUCUAAAAUGUUUCUCAAAAAAGGAAUGAUAGAGGGAGGUUAGUUUGAAGCCCUCUUCUUGUC